AUGUCAGUGCAAGUAGGGACAGAAUCUAACGGUUGUCUGAAAUUUAAGCUGGUGCUUCUGGGAGACAUUGGUGUUGGAAAGACUUCGAUCUUCAUGAGGGUUAAAGAUGAUGUCUAUCACGGCGAUACAGCUUCUAGUAUUGGAAUAGACACCUGUUCCCGUCAGCUGACAAUUGAUAACAAGGACAUUAUGAUAUCACUGUGGGAUACGGCCGGCGUGGAAAGGUUUCGAACCCUGACCAGGAAUUUCUUUAGGAACACCAGCGCAGUCUUACUUGUGUUUAGUGUGGACGAGCCUUCCACUUUAAGCUACCUCAGUAAAUGGGAAGAAAACGUCAAAGAGUAUGCUCCUACAGCCCAGCGGUUCUUGAUAGGCAAUAAAGUUGACAAAGACCAGCUGGUAUCUCAAGAGGCAGCCCAACACUUUGCUGCAUUCCAUAACUGUGAAUUUGUUUUUAUGACAUCAGCAAAAACAGGCCAAGGUAUAUCAGAAGUGCUCUCAACUGUCGGACAGCAUCUUCUCUCUCGUCACAAAAAGGCAUCAUACGAAAAAGAUAACUCCUGGCUUGAACACAGCAUUUACGUCAAUAGUGGGCAGCACAGUCAAAACGGAUCAACCAGUUGCUGUUAA